AUGCCGAAGUCUACAAGGCGAUUAAAGAGAACUUCACCGCAGCCCACAGCUAGGGAACUGAAGCAGGCUCAAGACGCCCAGACCAAGAACAAACAACUGGCCAGCGGAAACAACGAUAACGCUGCCACCUUAUAUCACCGGCCAUAUAGCGCGGACGAUGCCCUCAUGCUCGAGCUCUCCGACUCGCUCGACUCGUUUCAUCUCGGAAAGUCCUUUCUCGGUUUCGUUCCUUCCCGCAUAGGCCAUUCUCAAGCAAUCGACCACGCCUCCAUAGCAGUAAUUGGAGCCCACAAGUACUUCAUCGGCGGUGACGUACGCCUCCAGACCAACGCUCUACGACAUUAUGCCCAAGCGGUCACCGCGCUCAGGAUUGACCUGGCCAAAAACAAUGGUGGCCCCGACAGAUCCCUCCACGACGCCAUGCUAACAGCCGCCCUACUCUUCUGUUUCGAAACCACCCUCGACCCUAAAGUGGCUUCAGGCUCGGCGCAUAACAGAGGUCUUUCAGCCAUCAUCCUCGCGUCGAGUGGACGGUCGUGUAUGAAAGACGAAUUGCCGCGGAGUUUGCUUUACUUUCACUGGAAGGGAGUCUUCAACCGGCCGGUCGUGCUUGGACAGGUGUCUCCGUUUGACAACGAGUAUUGGCUUGGCAUGCGACCCGCAAGCUGUGGAAGAGUGGGGAAGGAGGUCGAGACGUUGAGGUGGCUGGCGCAGAAGCUGUUCGUAAGGCUUCCGCGCCUCAUUGCUCUUGUGAGGGAGGCGAAGAUGGGCGGUGGUGCUUCAGUCGACGAGGCAAUGAAGCUGGCCGAAGUACUAGCUGUCGAUCGAGACGACAAGGCGGAGAACGUUGUACUGCAUGGCCUCAAGGUUGCCAAAACUCAAGCGCAGACAAUGAACGAGACGAAGAUCAUUCCGUUCUCGUACGAAUUCGAAGACACACCACAAUAUGAGGGAGCAAUGUACUACUGGCAAACACGCAUCAUGGCCAACAGACUCUUGGCCUUACUCCUCAGCCUUUCCGGAGACGAAACCACCACAACCCGCAUCCAAUCCCUCCAAGACGAGAACGUCCGGCUGGUAAUGAACCAGAUGAUGUCUUUUCAAUACGGACUCUCCGUCGGGUUGGUUGGCGCCUGGGCUAUAUGCCUCGGAUGGAUCACUGUUUGGGGCGCUGUGCAAGAUGUUGAGUGCAUACAGCGCGGAAGUCGGACGCUCUGGAGCGAGAGGCUCAGGCCGUUUCUCCUACAGAAGUACAACCUCCUCCAUAGACUCCAUGUGGCGUUUGGCGAGACAGAUAUGGAUGAGGCGGCUGAGAUGUUGGUGGGAGGGCCACUGGGGGCGAGGGCUAUUACUGGUGUGAUGCCGUAG